CAUAUUUCGGGCCUAUAUUUUUACCCGAAUCCUUUCAUAUUUCGGGCGGACCGUCGGGCCGGGCGGGUCUAGUUUGAUAUCAUGGCGGUCAUAUCAUCAGCAUCGCCGCUAUCCAUAGCAUCGCUCUUCCGACCAAUCCGAAAAUAUCCAACACUCGCCGACCUCGUCAUAACCGCCACUUCCAUCCGCUGCUUAUCGUCUUUAUCGCAACCAAUGGAUGACCGGCAACAACCUGAAUCGAAAAAGCGCGUGGUGGUCUGCGGGGGAGGCAUAAUCGGCGUUUGCACGGCUUAUUUCCUUGCCAAGAAAGGUGAAGCCGUCACUCUCGUUGAAAAAUCUUCGGUAGCUUGUGCCGCUUCCGGAAAAGCAGGCGGGUUCCUCGCCCUAGACUGGUGCGACGGUGGUCCCGUCGAAUCACUCGCGCGUGCUAGCUUUAAUCUCCACCGUUCACUCUCCGAAGAACUCAACGGCCCCGACUCGUACGGGUAUCGGCCCUUGACCACUCUUAGCAUUACAGUAACCGAAUCAGGGCCUUCUUCUCCGUCCGGUUCCAAGUCGUCCGGUGACUCUAUGAUCCCAUCAUGGGUCGAUGGGGCGACACGUGGGCCUAGAACAAUCGGGACGACGCAAACAACAGCCCAAGUACAUCCUCAAUUAUUCACAAGAACUCUGUUAAACACAGCCGUCGAGAAAUAUGGUGUUGAGGUGGUGAUUGGGAAACUGGAGCAGCUACGUGUUGAGGAGGGGAGAGUUGGAUCGGUUGUACUCGAAGGGGGACGAGUUAUUGAGUCGGACUCGGUCGUUCUAUCACUUGGGCCUUGGACUGGAAAGUUUGAGAUGUUAGCUUCAAUGUUCAGAGUUUCUGGGCUUAAGGCCCAUAGUAUUGUUUUGGAGCCGAAAGACCCUGGUGCCAUAACGCCCCAUGCCCUCUUUCUUAGCUUUCAUCCGCAGGGCGGCAAAGCCAUGGACCCCGAAGUUUACCCUCGUCCAACUGGGGAAGUGUAUAUAUGUGGGAUGUCAGCGGAGGAAGAGGUGCCAGAUGAUCCAGAGCAAAUAGUAGGCAACCCAGCAUCAAUAGCGAUGCUAAAGAGAGUGGGUAAAAGUGUUUCGAGCCAUCUGAGGGAAGGAGAAGCGCGAGUGAAGGCAGAGCAAGCUUGUUUCUUGCCAUGCACCGACGAUGGGGUGCCGAUAAUAGGAGAAGUUCCAGGGAUGAAGGGGUGUUAUGUUGCCACUGGUCACAGUUGUUGGGGGAUACUCAAUGGUCCAGCUACAGGUGCUGCUGUGGCUGAGCUUGUUCUUGAGGGACGUGCUACCAUUGUUGAUCUUAGUCGGUUUAGUCCUGCUAGAUUUAUUGGGCGUAGGAGGGUUAAAGUUUAAGUUGUAUUUUCAGACACCAUUUUUAUGAAGCAAGUAAACGACCAUGGGGGGAUCAGAUUUACCUUUAUUUGUUUGUAAAUUAAGGCAGAGAUAAACACCAGUUUGCUCUAAAUCGUCGGUGGGAUACCCCUCAACUGUGCUUGAGCUUUUCAAGUUAUCAAAUACCACCUCUUUUAGUUUUUGUGAA